AUGACAUUUGUGACAGAGCCUGUGGUCACGUCAGGCUGUCGCUAUUAUGACUCAGAGGUGCGCAGCUGGAGAGCCUCUGGUGACCCUGGCAUUUUCUUACCAGAGAUUGCUAAGUUCCCAAACUGUCACUGUCACCAGGGAAAGCCUCUUGCUGGGCUUCUGGGUCCAGGGGAACAUCUCACCUUCCACACAACUGUGUCCUUUGUGCUUUUCCUGCCCCCCUCCUCAAACAGGCCCCAGACAGCCGACCUGAGGAACAGCAGCACAGUGACCGCGUUCAUCCUCGUGGGCUUUGAGCAGAGUUCCCCCUCCACCCGAGCUUUGCUCUUCAGCCUCUUCCUGGCUCUCUACAGCCUCGCCAUGGCCAUGAACGGCCUCAUCAUCUUCAUCACCUGGACUGACCCCAGGCUCAACAGCCCCAUGUACUUCUUCCUCGGACACCUGUCUUUCCUGGACAUCUGCUUCAUCACCACCACCAUCCCACAGAUGUUGAUCCAUCUGGUGACCAAGGACCACACGGUCUCCUUUGCCUCCUGUAUGACCCAGAUGUACUUGGUCUUUCUAGUGGGUGUAGCCGAGUGCAUCCUCUUGGCUUUCAUGGCCUAUGACCGUUAUGUUGCAAUCUGCCACCCACUGAACUAUGCCCAGAUCAUGAGCCAGCAGGUGUGUGUCAGGCUGGUGUGUUCUUCCUGGAUCUUUGGGAUGGUCAAUGGCAUCUUCCUUGAGUAUAUAUCAUUCCGGAAUCCCUUCUGCAAAGACAACCACAUAGAAAACUUCUUCUGUGAGGCCCCCAUAGUGAUUGCCCUCUCCUGUGGGGACCCUCAGUUCAGCAUGAAGUUGAUCUUUCUUGAUGCCAUCGUGGUGCUGCUCAGCCCCAUGGUGCUCAUUGUCACCUCCUAUGCCCGCAUCCUGACCUCCAUCCUCAGCAGAGCCUCCUCCUCAGGCAGGGGGAAGACCUUCUCCACUUGUGCCUCUCACUUGACUGUGGUCAUCUUUUUAUACACCUCAGCCAUGUUCUCUUACAUGAAUCCCCGCAGCACCCAUGGGCCUGACAAAGACAAGCCUUUCUCUCUCCUCUACACCAUCAUCAUGCCCAUGUGCAACCCCAUCAUCUACAGCUUCCGCAACAAGGAAAUGAAGGGGGCCAUGGGGAGGGCCCUUGGGAGAGGCAACCUGGCUUAGGCUGCACUUGCCCAGAAGGAAGCCCUCUGGAGAAGUUUCCUUCAAUGAGGGGCGAAUGGUUAGUUUUCCCAGCCCUUGCUCUCCAAUUCUGGAGAGGAUCUAGAGUUUGCAGCUUCCUUGGCACCAGGCUCAGAGCUGGAAGUUCCUCCUGAUGUCUAAGGCUCACUUCUGACUUCAUUUCCAGAGUUGGUUUUCCAUGGACUUUCCUUAAGAAAAUGUGAGGCUUUCCUGAAAUUUUCCUCUGUGUUCCUCAGGAUUCAGUGAAUAAGUGCAUUGAACUCUAUCUUGCUUGUAUAAUUCUUUUACACGCCAUUCCCCAGGAUAAGUUUUGCACAUACAUUGAGGAAUAAAUGAUCUUUCAACCUUUUAAUAUGCCAUAUUAGUUUGUUUUUAAAUGUAUUUUUAGUUGAAAAAGAAUUACAUUCCUCUUCCCACCCUCCAGGCCCUCCCAGCUAUCCUCCCUCAAACCCACACCCCCAUGUUGAUAGCCUCUUUUUCUUUAUUAUUGUAACAUGUAUGUAUGUAUGUAUGUAUGUAUGUAUGUAUGUAUGUGUAUGCACAAAUAUAUAUAAAUACAACUUACUGAGUCUGUCUUUGUUGUUCGUAUAUGGUUUCAGGACUGACUACCCUCCAUUAAACCCCCCAAAUGCCAACACUACAUAGCUUUAUUGUUUGUGUGUUGCUGGGGAGGGCAGGUGGGGGAGGUCAGUGUUUCAAACCCCUUCUUCUAAAUCCUUCGGUUUCUUUCAGUGACACAACCAUCUGCCUUUCCAUAUAAGGAAGUGCCCCUACCAAGCUCCGCAAGCCACUGGUUCCCUCAUGUUUACAAUACCCAAAUCAUGGCCCGCCCACCCUACUGCCUUCCUCCUGCUCCUCCAUCUUUGACUGAAUUCCUAAUUAAAUCCCUUCCCCUGCCUUCUCACUGUAAAUAGAUGUGUUUUAUUCUUGGUACUCCGAGGAACACUACCCACGCUCACUCUGCCACCGCAGGAGCCUCUGUCUGAUUCUCUCCAGCUUCCUCGACCUUCUUCCCUUAACCAGACCCCCGUUGUUAGUGGUCUUCUUUGUUUUCAAAUGGCAUAUUUUUCAAGCCCCUUUGAUAACAGAUAGGUUUUCUUUUUAAAGGGAUAGGCUGUUUCUUGCUUCUCUAGUGCUCCUUGACAGUGGGAAUGCGCUCCAUUUGGAAGGCCAUCAAACAGAGACAAUAUUCGGUCCGCAUCCUGCGCAUCACUUGCUGCCUGCCCUCCGUAACGGCAGACUCACGGCAAUAGCUUCGCUCCAUGGCACUACAUUCUUGUGAGUA